AUGACUUCACCCGAGUACAGCAGUCAUUUCUCGCUUGCGAAUAUCCCAUUUGGAAUCGCAUCCUCCGAGGCGCACACCGAUCCACAAUGUGUGACUCGACUAGAAAAUACUGUUAUUUUCUUAGACGUAUUACAUGAGUCUGGUAUUUUUGAUGAAGUGUCUGAUCUGCCAAAGGGGAUCUUUGCAAAGUCAACUCUCAAUGAGUAUGCGGCACUACCGAAAACGAUCCAUCGUGAAGUACGCAGAAUUCUUCAAGCAAGGCUGAAAGACACUCUUCCAGAUAGAAGUACUGAGAAUAUUGGCAAUGUCACCCUUCAUUUGCCCGUCGCUGUUGGCGGCUUCACAGAUUUCUCCUGCAGUGUCCAUCACGUCCGAAACGCUGGUCGAUUAAUUCUCAAUGAUGAAACUCCUCCACCGGGCUUUUUCAAUUUCCCAACUGCAUACAACGGUCGUGCCAGUACUGUAUUGGUUUCUGGAUCUCCGAUUACCAGGCCAAAUGGUCAUUUUUUCGACCGACAAGCACCCUCGGAGAAGAAACCAAUUAUUUAUGGUCCCUCGAGAACGUUAGACUGGGAGCUUGAGCUCGGUUUUAUUGUCGGUCAAGGCGUUCCACGUCUGCAAGGACUGAAUGCGAAGGAUGCGGAUGAGCACAUCUUUGGUCUGGUGAUUUUGAACGACUGGAGUGCUCGAGACAUCCAAGGAUGUGAAAUGGUUCCGCUCGGACCCCUGAACGGAAAGGCAUUUGGAACAACCAUCUCGCCCUGGAUAGUUACGUUGGACGCCUUGUCUCCCUUCGCUGAGCCGGGGUCCAAGUUGGAGGCCUUAUUGGCACCACAUUUGAAUGACGUGGCUAAGCCCAGCUACGAAAUAGAUUUGAAGGUGGAGCUUAUUGUAGGAGAUCAAGUUAUCACGGCCAGCGAUUCCAAAGCUCGAGACUUGUACUGGAGUGGAAGGCAAAUGUGUGCCCAUCUUGCGAGUACAGGAGCUGAUCUUCAGACUGGAGACAUCCUGGGAACAGGUACAGUCAGCGGUCCGAAUGAAGGGAGCCUGGGAUGUCUCCUUGAGAUAACCAAGGCAGGAAAGGAAUCAUUGGAGCUGCCUGAUGGCUCCAAGAGGUUUUUCUUGCAAGACUGGGAUGUCGUUCGGAUGACAGCGGUAGCUGGAGGUUCAGCUUCUGGAGUUGGAUUCGGGGAAUGCAUUGGCCAAGUGCAGCCGGCAAGGCAGCUGUAA